UAAGAAAUGAGAAAGAAAAUAAAUCUCGUUGGUAGAAUAACAAGAAAACAAGAUCUGACUGACUACUUACAUCCAAUCUCAAAGUUGGAAGAAGAUGCAGCGUGAGUUUGCGACGAAGUUCUCACUCCUUUCGGCUCUCUUUUUCCUUCUGACGCCGGAGCUAAUUCCAGUCAGUGAAGCCGUGUGGCUCAACAUACCUAAGACGGGAACAAAGUGCGUCUCGGAGGAAAUCCAGAGCAAGGUCGUCGUCUUGGCCGAUUACCUCGUCAUCUCCGACGAGCAUUCCAUCUUCCCCACUGUCUCUGUUAAGGUUACAUCACCAUAUGGAAACGUUUUGCACCACAGCGACAACGCUACACAUGGUCAGUUUGCGUUUACAACCCAAGAAUCAGGAACCUACUUGGCUUGUUUCGAGGCCGUAGGAAACAGUCAUGGUAACAAAGACAUUAGCAUCAACCUUGACUGGAAAACUGGUAUCGCGGCCAAGGAUUGGGACUCCAUUGCUAGAAAAGAGAAGAUUGAGGGUGUGGAGUUGGAGCUUAGGAAACUCGAAGGUGCAGUUGAGGGCAUUCAUGAGAAUCUACUUUACCUAAAAGACAGAGAAGCGGAUAUGAGGAUUGUGAGUGAAAAAACAAACUCGCGAGUUGCAUGGUACAGUAUAAUGUCGCUAGGCAUCUGCAUUGUGGUCUCUGGUUUACAGAUUUUGUACUUGAAGCAAUACUUUGAAAGGAAGAAGCUUAUUUAGAUCAGAUGAUGGAUGAUCCGAUCCAUGGAUACUAGAAACCAACACUUUCCUUUGCUUUCCUUCUUAUACCACUCUUUUGAACUCAAUAGUGUAAAACUUUUUUGUUUCACUCAUUUAACUUGUAAUCCGUCCCUCGGUUAGAUAAUUAUAUAUCUACACUCUAAUAAUCAGAAUCUGAGUUACAUUUUA